UUAGAAUUUAUCCUGUUCUAGGAUAUCUGCGUGCUAUGUUGGGUAAUCGGGGAGGUUCGGUUGGUUCAUCGAGUAGGAUGCAGCUCCCGUCUGAUGAUAUAGACUAUUGUGCUGACGAGAGCGCGGACAUCCCGGAUCGAGAGAUUGAAGUUUGGCAGGGUGAUCACGGUAGUUACGAUGGUGGUAGUGGUUUUGGAGUUCACAGUGAAGGGCUCAUUCCAGAGGCGGUGCCAGUAAUGUCGUUCCUCUUUAACGAUAAUCCCGAGUCAUUCUUCAAGGACACGCGGCAACUACACGUCCUUCGGAAGUCCUACAGUAUUCCGAAUCAUGUCGCUCUUCAUGCUCCGGGUAGGCAAAUGCGAGCAAAUUUCUAUGCUCCAGGAUGGGUGUGUUUGUAUCAAGCACCGUUCGAACAGGGAAUGCGGCUUCCUCUACCCCGCUUGGUUAUUGAUUUUUGCCAUUAUCAUUGCCUUUCGCCCGGGCAACUUACGCCAAACUCUUGGCGGUUGUUAUUGAGUUUACAGGUAUUCAGUGAAUUACAUGGUUUCGACAUCUCCAUCGCCGAUGUAAAGAGCACUUAUAAUCUUCUGAAAGUUCCAAAGGACAAAGGUCGUUACAAGUUAUGUAGGAAUAAAGGUUGUGAGCCUUUGAUUACGGACAUGGAUGAUGGUGAAAGGGCUUGGAAGAGUAAAUAUUUUUUCGUUGAAUACGGUGCUUUGUGUAUUCCGGAAGGGAAGAGAGUCCCUUCUGUUUGGUCUAAUCCUAGUGAGUGUUAGAAUUGGUGGAGUCUUUUAUGCUUCUCAUCCUCCUCUUUAUGCUAUUCUUUCUAACACUUUGAUUAUCUUUGUGUGCAGGUUGUUUGAAAACUAUCCCUGUAGUGUUGGAUUUGGUUGAACGGAACAACCGGUUUCUUCAAUACCCUGCUCCGUAUCGGAGUUGGAGGGUUAUUCUUCACGAUUUGAACAUUAAGCAGUCGUCGAUUUGGGCUCAAGUCCCUGCUCCUCCGGAAGGUACAUUCAUCCCUAAAACUCUUGCUGAAACUAGUGUCGUGGUAGGUCUCCGCUCUUUGGAAAUUUUGCGGGUGAAACAGGCUUAUAAAAAUUUGGCUGAACUGACCCCGGAGCAACGAGUAUAUGCAGACGAUUGGAUGGCUGAAUUGAAGUUUCACUAUAAUCCGAAUGAGGUCGACACUGACGCCUUCGUGGCGAGACAACUGAAGAGGAAGAAGAAGAAGCAGGCAUCAAGCUCGAGUGUGCCAACAGAGCUGCCUAUUGCGACUGAUGCACCGCGAUCUGACGUCCUUUCCGGUCGCUCCUCGCGGAAACGGAUUCCCACACCUGAUGAUGGUUGCUUAUCCGAUGGUUCUGUUCACGUAGUUCUACCUGCUGGUGCUUCGGUUCAUACCGAGUACAACGCGCUGUCAGGUCAGCUCGAAAAGCUCUUACUUGAAGAGGAUCGAGCUGUUUUGAACAACUAUGGGGAGGAUGAAGCCUAUGACGUGUUCGCCUCUUCGGCCUUCGCGCACUAUCAGCAUGCUAUCUUUGUGAAGCAGGCUAGGCUUGAGUACAAACGGCAACUACAGGAUGUUCGUGCUGCUAAGGCUAGGAUAGAGAACGAGCUUGUGGAAGCUCAGAAGUUGGUCAAGCAAGGCCAGGCGGACCUGGAGUCCUUGGAAGCGUCUCUUCAGGCUCAAUUGGCUUUGAAAGAUGAGGAAAUCAGUCGUCUGAAGGCUGAACUGGCGGAAAUGGAGGAAAAUCGGGAGCUAGAGCUUACCGAUGCUUGCCAUGAGGCUGUACUCAAGUCCCGGGCUGAUAUGAGUCAGCAGGUCUUGGACGGGUCUUACAAGACUUGGGACAACGCUGAGAACAUUCGACAGUGGAAGGCGUAUCAGGACAAGCUCUCCGGGGUGGCCACUCCAGACGACGUUGAUGGCGACGCAUGAUAUUGUCAUUUCCUUAACUUUGCUUUGGUUGGGCGUAUGUGCCCCUAAUAUCUUAUGUGUAAUUUAAGUAUUCGUGCCUUUAGACUUUGUUAAUUUUGCAUAGGGUGUAUGCAUCCUUGGAUUCUUAUUAGUUUAAAUCUAUGCCAUUGGGCUGGACUUAAACUUUUUAUUGUAAUCACGAGAAUGAUUUUUCCGGAGUGUCCGGAUCGCCGGGGGGUUUGCCCCUUGGAUCGGCUAUAUAUGACUGUUUUAUA